AUGGAGAUAACAAACCAAAAAAUACAAAACACUUUCUCUCUCUCUCUCUUUCUUUCUCUCUCAUCAUUUCCAUCAUUCAUGGCUUUUCUUCAAUAUUAUCAUCAAUUUCAACUUAUUUUACUCAUUUUCUUCUUGUUGUUCAUCUCUUUAUCACAUUCUUCAACUAUGUCCAUUCAUGAUCUUCUAAAAUCCAAAGGCUUACCAUAUGGUCUUCUUCCAAAAGAAGUAAAAUCUUAUAAUUACUCAUCAACUAAUGGGCUUCUUGAAGUUUAUUUAGAUGGGCCUUGUUUGACUAAGUUUGAUACAAUAGCCUUUUAUGAGAGUUAUUUAAAAGCUAAUCUUACUUAUGGUAGCCUUAAUGGUGUUCAAGGACUUUUACAAGAAGAAUUAUUUGUGUGGCUACCUGUUAAAGGAAUUAUUGUUGAUGAUCUUAAUUCUGGGAUUAUACUUUUUGAUAUUGGAUUAGCUCAUAAACAACUUUCACUUUCACUUUUUGAAGAUCCACCACAUUGUAAUCCAAAUGGAAUUCUGAAAAAGAAAACUGAAACAGGACAGAGAUUUGAAGCACGAAGAUAGAAAAUGUUGUCUUGUGACUUAGAUAUUUACUUAUAAUAAUAGUAGUUGUGUUUCUCGUUCGAUAUUUGGUAUCUGUUUUGAAGAAAAUUUUAUUACGAGGGUAAAAUGUUUCCUUCCAAAGAUAGACUUCUUACCAUGACCCAUGCUUGAAACUUCU